AUGAUUCGGGGUUGGAAUACCAUACCUCAAGCAUUUGUUGCUUCAUUGUUUACAUGGGGUGUUACUGCUCUUGGUGCAGCCGUUGUUUUCUUUAUUCCGCCAUCGAGUAAAAAGCUACUUGAUAUAAGUUUGGGUUUUGCUGCUGGAAUUAUGAUAGCAGCAUCAUUUUGGAGUCUGUUGGCACCGGCAAUUGAAUUAUCAGAAACAGAGAUGGGAUCCUUUGCAUUUCUUCCAGUAGCAGUUGGUUUUGCUGGUGGUGCCGCUUUUGUAUAUAUUGCUGAUCGAAUAAUGCCAAGUUGUGUGCUUUCGGAAAUAUCAGUGGUGGAUCUAUUAAAGGAAGAUGUCACGGUAGUCGAUCCCAAAGAAGUUAAAUCGCUGGAUGCAAUUGUUGAAGAAAGCAUAUCAAUGGUGAAGCUUAAGGAAACAAACGAUAAUAUUGCACGGUAUGGGUCUACUGCAAAAACAUCCGGUCAAAUAAUUCGUCGGCGAACUGCCAGAAAUAGAAUUCAUCAAACGAAUGAUUCCACAGCUACUACUAACAACACGGAUGGAAGUACCUCAGAUGCGACAGCAACAGUAGCAGUGAUGGAAAAUGGCAACCGAGCAGUUGAUAAGGAACAAGCUUUUAUCACAUCUAUCUCGUGGCGACGCAUCCUUUUGUUAAUUAUCGCCGUUACGGUGCAUAACAUUCCGGAAGGUUUAGCCGUUGGUGUUGCAUUUGGUUCUAUUGGGAAAACAUCUAAGGCAACAUUCGAAUCGGCUUUUGCAUUGGCACUAGGUAUUGGUUUGCAAAAUUUCCCGGAAGGAUUAGCCGUUUCGCUUCCACUUGCUGCUUUUGGCCAUACUAAAAUGAAGUCUUUCUUUUACGGGCAACUUUCCGGUAUGGUAGAGCCAUUGGGGGCAUUAGCUGGUUCAGCUGCCGUGGUCUUAAUGGAGCCAGUUUUGCCAUAUGCGCUAAGUUUCGCUGCAGGUGCAAUGAUUUAUGUUGUUCUGGAUGAUAUUAUACCGGAAGCACAACGAAAUGGUAAUGGUCGAUUAGCAUCUAUAAGUUCAGUUAUUGGUUUCUUGAUUAUGAUGGCAUUGGAUGUCGGUUUGGGUUGA